UGCUUUUACAACAAGUAAUAAAAACAAGAGUGCAGAGGAGCUUGAAGAUAAACUGCUGUGCUUAAAGUAAAGAAUCUGAAAAAGCUGAAGGAGAAGAAGAAGAAAGAGAAGACAGAGAAGAAGAAGUGGAGCCUGAAACGUGAGGAAAGUUAGAAAGGAACCUCAAGCAGAAGGAGAUCCGUCUUCUUAUACCAUGUCUCUGGACGUGAUGGAGAAGACCCAGGUGCGUCUGGUGUUCCUGGGAGCAGCCGGCGUAGGCAAGACUUCGCUGAUCAGUCGCUUCCUGAAUGACUCGUUCGAGACCAAACACAGGCGCACAGUGGAGGAGCUGCACAGCAAAGAGUACGAGUUCUCGGGCAUCAAGGUGACCGUGGAGAUCCUGGACACGAGUGGGAGCUACUCGUUCCCGGCCAUGCGCAAGCUCUCCAUCCGCAACGGCGAUGCCUUCGCACUCGUCUACUCCAUCGAUGAUGCAGAAUCUCUCGAGAUGAUCAAAAAUCUGCAUGAUGAGAUCCUGGAGGUCAAGGAGGACAAGUUCACUCCCAUCGUGGUGGUCGGCAACAAGAGCGACCGUGAUGAGUGCAGGCAGGUGAGCUCCGAAGACGUCCUGGCUAUGGUGGAGCUGGACUGGAACAACAACUUCCUGGAGGCAUCUGCGAAGGAGAACGAGCAUGUCAUGGAGGUGUUCAGGGAACUUCUUAAGCAAACCAACCUGCCCAUGCGACUGAGCCCAGCACUGAGACGACGCAGAGAGACAUUUCCUAAAAAUGCGAACAUGAGGCCUCCAAUGAAUAAAACCAACAGCUGCACAGUGUCCUAAACUCACACAUCAAGCAUGUUGAGGACAUGCAAGACGGGCGACACCUCCAUACAGCUCUCUCUGUUUGAGAACAUUGAGAUCUUCUCUGUUUCAUUCGUUUAUGUAGGAGAGAAAAAUGAACAGAAACAAGAACAGGUGAAAACAGGAAAAACAAGAACCCAGAAUUCCUCUCUGCUUCCUGACUGCAGGGGAGAGAUGACCUGAAGGAGAGAAUAAAAUGCAGAAUAAAUGUAUAAAUUAACAUGAAGGUAAAGAACUGACAAAGACUCUUAUAAAUGUUUGUGCUGCUCCAGAAAAGACCUUCCAUCAAUGUUUGAAUAAUGUUUUGCAUCUUUCUUUAGCGUUGCUUUAAAAAACCACUUUUGCAUCAAUAUUGUGAAGAUUAAUUAAUAAAAAAGCGAUUAUACACCAUGCUGACUAGCUGUCUCGUUAGUUGGUGUUCAGAUCUAGGUUCUGCAGGUUCUUGAUGCAUAGUCAAGGGUUCCUACAAUCAAUAUUAUUGGUUUAAAUACUUUAUAAUUGAAUCAUAAGCUAAACUGCUUGGACAUGUGACUUGAAAGGAUUGAAUCUAAAAGCUAAAACUCUAAUAUGAAACAAAUAUAUUUCAAAAUAUUAUAUUUGGUUUACGCAGCUGAUCAUUUCUGUAAUAACAUUUCUAAUGGCUUCAGUAAUUAAAAAUAAAUGUGACUGUACAUAUUAACCUAAUGUGCUUAAUACGUGAAUAGAAUGUAUUUUACCUGUCAACUCAUUGUAAUUGUGUGCAUAAACAUAUUAUGAAUUC